AUGACUCCUCGUUAUAAACCAGGCGCCGCUGCUGCUGCGAACCUCAAGGCAGCCAACCAAGCGCAAACUGAACUUGCUAAGAAGGCAGCAAAAGCAUCUUCCCGAUUGUCCUUGUCUUUGCUUCACCCACCUUCUCCUACUGGCAGCCGUAGUCUUUGUCCCCGUAGCCCACAAUCUACGCGAACCAAUCCUGGUUUUGUUGCCCAGCCUCGAGAUUCCCGUCUUGCAGUACCAUCACCAUUUUGCCAGUCUACAACCUCUAAAGAUCCUAUUGAGAUUCUUGACACUAAACUCACAAGUGACGACAGAGACCCCGAAGAAUCCUCAACUGAGGAUUCAUCAGACAAAGGCACAGACUCGUCAUCGGUCGAGUCCACGGCAGAGCAAUCCGGAGGAAAGCCAAAGAAGAAAAAAAGAAAGCUUUCGAAACGCAAGAAGGGAAAGGGUUGGGCCAAAGGGAAAAAGAAAGUAUUUUCAAAAGCCCUUGUCAAAAUGGUUGAAAACAAUUCCGACAUUGAGUUGAUCUCCAACCCAAACCCGAAAAAACCUGGCAGAUCCAAGCAAACCGCUGAGGAGACCAACAAGCUAUUCAGUUACUAUGGUGAACCUGAAUGGGACAAAGAGAACCUAGCGUUACUUUUACCAGAUCUCCCUAAAAACCACAAACCCGUUCCAACAAUCAUUCUCAAUUCCGGUGAUGACUUGAUUGAAGACUGUGAUGAAGAUAUUGAUGAGCCACCAUCCAGAAAAGAUGGACUCGAACAGUGUGUUGGAGAUGACAAGUCUGAGGUUGACGGUGAAGAAGGCAAUGAUGCUGAUGAAAUCGAAGCCACGGAGAUUUCAUCAGGUGAUUCAUUUUCAAAAUCAAUUCACAAGGCUAGUGUUCCAUUACCUUCCACGCUCUCUUCUUCAUACACACCCAGCUUCUCCAUCUCACAUGUCACACUCUUGAACAAUCAGCCCCCUGCCACAUCCCCGACUCCAAAGGUAGCUGAACAAUCUGAACCCACGACUCACAACAUUUUUAAGGAGCACAACAUCUUUGCUUUGCAAACUGACACCAAACAACCUGGUGACGCCAAACUUCAAGCUUAUCUUUCCGGUAAAUUCAUGUGCGACGACAAUCAAGAUAUUUUGGAAUGGUGGGCGCAAAGCGCAAGAGAAUCAUGCAGCGUUGACCGUGAUCCAGUGCUGGAUCUUCCCCUGGGAAUAAUGCACAACUGGUAUGAAGGUGUAUUACACCAACAUUUUAGAAUCCAAUGGGAUUUUGUCUCCCCUAACAGAGAAGAUAAAGUUAAGGCAAAACGUAGAAGGUCAGCUAUGGAAAUUUUGGACCAACAUGCAAAGCGAAUGCUUUAUGAAGAGGGUAUGGGAAAUGUAUGUGAAGAUGUAGAUGACAACUCACCCGAUGGUGAAUUUGAAUACGAAGAAGAUGAAGAGCUCCAUGCGGGAUAG